CUAAUAUAUUUUUAACAUCUCAAACUAUAUUGAUAUGUUAAUCAUAUCUUCAUAUGAAUUCGUUUCUUAGUUCAUACAUUUCGGGUAGGAAGUGAUAUAAAAGGAAUGUAUACGUGUACGUAUAUAUAUUGUAAAUACAUUUUUUAUUUACAUUGCUGUUCUUUUUUAUGAAAAUGCAAAAUAAGGUAAAUUAAAACAUCUACAUAAGUAAAAUAUGUGCUUAGAUUUAUAAAGCAACAGUGUUUUAUACAUUAAUAGCAGUAUUAAAGAUAAGAUGAUCCUCUAGUAUCCACAAUUAAUAAUUUGCAUGUAAAAAGGAACUAUAGUUAUGAUUAAACAACAGCAACGAAGUAGCCAAACUUUAAAAUAUAUUAGUUUAAUUACACUAACAGUACAAAAUGCCUUAGUUGGACUUAGUAUGCGCUAUGCGCGUACAAGAUCUGGAGAUAUGUUUCUUUCAUCAACUGCUGUCGUUAUGGCAGAAGUUGUGAAAUUUAUAACAUGUUUAAUAUUGGUUCUUAGUGAAGAAGGAAGUUUUCCAAAAUUUAUUGAUUCAUUACACUCACAAAUUAUAAAACAACCUGUUGAUACUUUAAAAGUAUGUGUGCCAUCGCUUCUAUACACUAUACAAAACAACCUUUUGUAUGUAUCAGCAUCUAAUUUAGAUGCAGCAACUUAUCAGGUGACAUACCAACUUAAAAUUUUAACAACAGCCUUUUUUGCUGUAGUAAUACUAAAACGGUCACUAAGAAAUACUCAAUGGGGAGCACUGAUAUUAUUAAUAACAGGAGUAGUAUUAGUUCAGCUAGCACAAAACUCAGAGACUGCUUUACCAUCUGGUAUAGAACAAAAUCAUUUGCUUGGAUUCUCAGCUGCCCUAAGCGCAUGUUUUUUAUCAGGAUUUGCAGGAAUAUAUUUUGAAAAAAUAUUGAAAGACUCAAAUAAAUCUGUAUGGAUAAGGAAUAUACAGUUAAGUUUUCUGUCAUUACCUUUUGGAUUAAUGACAUGUUUUAUAAAUGAUGGUGGAAUGCUAAGAAAACAAGGUUUUUUCUUUGGUUAUGAUUUAUUUGUUUAUUAUUUGGUCGUACUCCAAGCAGGUGGAGGUCUUAUCGUUGCCAUGGUAGUUAAAUAUGCUGAUAACAUACUUAAAGGUUUUGCAACAUCUUUAGCUAUUAUAAUAUCUUGUAUAGCAUCUAUAUAUCUUUUUGAUUUCAAGUUAACUGUACAAUUUUCUUUAGGUGCUUUUCUAGUAAUAUGUUCAAUCUUUAUGUAUGGAUAUCAACCAAAAUCCUCAUUUGUAGAUACACACUCUCUCAGUAAUAAGGUUUGAUAUAAACUAAAAGAAGUUUAUCUAUGAGAUAAACGGGAUAUUAUCGAGGACAGAGAAUUUUCUAAUAUACAAUAUGCAACAAUAUAAUUUGAUUAUAUUUUUCGUGUAUAAUAGUUACUACGCGCUCCAUACGGCAUAUCACUUCUUUUAUCAGUAUUUCGUUAUAUCGCCUAUACAAAAAUUUGAAUAUAUUUCAUAAUAUUCAUAAUAGCGUAACAUGGCGAUAGCUCAUGUUUCAAAAUCUAAUACCAUAAUCUGUUACCAGAUUACUUAUUGUUAUCAUAAAUGUAUUAAUCAUACAUUUGAGUAAAACAUAUAUGUAAUAUGGAAAUUAAUUGGAAAAUAUGU